AUGGAUGAUUUAUUACCGAUAUUUCACGACGAACUAAAUCAAUAUCAACAGGAAUUGGAAAAACGUCGAGUUUUUAAUAUUUACAAAUCUGAAGGAAAUAUAGGUGUCAUAAAUGCAUUGGAAUCAAAUGAUCGUUUUAUAUGGAUGUAUAAUUUUGCUAUAACAUUCUUUCGUAUGCAUAAAAUAUUUUCUGACUUGACAGCACAGCAAGAAAAAGAAGAUCUUACUACAGAACUUCGAAUGCUCUACAAAUCUAAUAUUAAGGCAUUGAAAGAAAUCGAUUAUUUUAAUUAUGCUUAUAAACCAGAAACUUCAAUAAAAUCUUACGAAGAAAUGGAAUCAAUACGAGAAACACUGAACAAGGCUUUAUGUCGAAAAAAUUUCGAACUCAUAAGUCGUUUUCGUUUUUUCAUAUUUGAUCUAUUUCAACAGAUCAAAUCAAAUUAUAUAACAACACAUACAAAUGAGAGAACAGAUCAUUCGUAUCAAACAUUUUAUGACAAUCAAUGGAUACCAUUUAAUCAAAUUGAAGGAAUAAUAAAUUCGAAAACACAGUUAAUAUCAAUCAAUCUAUUUUGGUCAAUGAAUCUGAAUGAAAACGAUGCAACAAGCGAUUCAACUAAACAUGAUACUAAUACGAUACCGAGAGAUUUCAAAAUUGUUCGUUUUCAAAUAAAAGUACUUCAAAGUUAUUGCAUCAAAGACGUUUGUCCUCAAGGCAUCGAAAAUCUUUACUAUUAUCAAAGUGGAAAUCGAAUCUUAUUUCCACCAGGUACAAUAUUCAAAGUUACACAUUGUUCGAAAUCGAAUGAGAACGAAAAGUUAUAUUCCAUCAAAUUGGAACUAGCAUCAUUAGAUUUUAUUAAAAUUGAACUCGGUGAAAUUAUUAAUUUUUGGCUAAACAAUGAAAUAUUAAAAACAAAUCAAACAUCACUUGCUCGUUUGAUAAUGCACAGCGGUCAAUUAGAUGAAACUAAAAAAUAUUAUGAAUUAUUAAACAAAUAUUUUACAAGAUAUGAACGAUUGAAAAAAUAUUUUUACUAUGGUUUGGGCGUUCUGGCACAAAAAAAUAAGGAUGAUGAUUUACUGAGAGCAAGAGUUAAAUGUGCAUUAGCCGAUAUGUACUUUUCAAAGCAUAGCAAAGUGACGGCACUUAAAAAUUAUGAAGAAGCAUUGUCCAUAUUUGAUAAGCAUCGAAACAAAACAAGUUUAGAUAUUGUUGAAUGUUAUAUUAGUAUUGGAAAAAUUUAUAAAACUUUUCAUACAAAUAACGACUAUGAAAGUGCAUUAAAAUCUUUUAAAAAUGCAAUAGUUGAACUAGACUAUUGGGUUUCGACAAAUAUUCGUAUACAAUGGAAAUAUUUACCAUUUAAAAUUGUUUCAUUGCUGAAAAAUAUAGGUGAACUUUUUCGUUUUAAACAUGAGUUCAAUAAAGCUUAUACUUGUCAGUAUAAAGUAUUAUUAAUUUAUCAACAAUUUUCGAUUUGGAACGAUUUUCAAGUGGGCUCUCUAUAUGAAGAAAUCGGUAGAAUUUAUCAAGACGAUAAAAAAUUACAAUUAGCUCUAUUAUUCUAUCAUAAAGCUGCUGAUAUAUAUUAUUGGUUUGAUUUUCAAACAAACAAUGUUAAGAAUACUAUUCAGCAACUAAUUGAAGAUAAUAUUACUGAAAUGAACUAUUCGCAAGUAACUGAACAAAUAUUUUAUGCUAUUUUUGUUUUUGUUUUAUUAAUUUUUUUAUAUUAUUGUAAACGAAAUGUUAAAUUUUUAAAACAAAGAAAAGAUAAUAAUUGUCGACAAAUACUUGUAACAAUACAAGAACAUUUAAAGAAAAAUUCAUCAACAUUAUCUAAUUAUGAUAUUUGUAAAUCAUCAUCAUUAUCAAAAUACAAUAGAAUAAAUAAUUCCUUUGAACAAAUGUCUAAUAAACGUUUAGAUGGAACAAUAACAAUAUUAAAUAAAUAUGAUCCAAAUAAAGUAGAAAUAAUCGAUCAAUCAAUUGAUUCUUCAUCAAUGUUAAACAUAUCAUAUGAAAAGAAGAAUAAAUAUAUUAAUCAAAUAUUAUCUAAUAUUUCAUAUAUAACUACAGAUAAAUCAAAACAAAUAGAUGAUUCAAUUGAGUCUCAACAGUCUACUAAUAUAAACUUGACAAACAAUAAAGAUAUUCUAUUUAGUAAAAAUCAUCUUUCUAAUAGCAAUUUAAAAACUAAUAAACAAAUUAUUAUCAAUCUUGAACAAAUUAUUCAUACAGUUCCAUCAUGUAUAUGGUCUAUUGAUGAAAAUUCUAAUCUAUCAAAAAAUGACUUAUCAGAAUUUAAUAAAACUUAA